AUGUCAAACGCAUCCUCCGCCACCCCAGCAAGACAUUGUAUAGCCAAACGGGCUUUCGGGUCCCGGAAGCUAUGCCGACAAAGCCCCGCGACUGCGGAAUACAUCUAUGUCGCUUUAGCACUAGAUGCAGCCGUUGGCCUCCUUUCCUCGCGAGCUGCAAAGGACGCAAUGGCAAGGAUCACUCGCCUGUUUGAUGAAUACUUACCCAGUCAUCUACAGCUUUUCCGCGAUAUCUCGGAUGCAGGAAUAGCCCGCUCCAUCGAUAGCACGCCGUGGCAGGUCAUACCGCCCAUUUGGCGUGGACAAGUCUUCACCAUACCGUACCCGACACACGGGCCAGUCGUGAGGUACGGACGACCUGUUCCUAAGACCACUGGGGGCAUCUUUGUCGCGAUUGAACGGAACGAAACGAAACGAAACGAAACGAAGAGAAGCGAAGACAUAGCGACAGUUGACUGCUUGGACCUCACUCUGCAAAGUCACAUGAUUAUCCCAUUAUGUAUCGGUGGUGGCAGGAGUAGCAGCAGCAGCAGCAGUAAUAGUAGAGAGGAAGUUUAA